AGAGCUUAUUGAAGGAUCCCUAAGCUAAAUAAGCGGAGAGUGCAGUAGAGUGAGAAAAUACGUGACCAACCUAGAUUGUGAAUUUGUGAGUUGUAAGCAGUCUCGACUGUCUGGCAAUUGAAUUAAUUGAUAGUUGUGUAUUACCAGUGCGUGAUCAUGGCCACGACAAUUCACAAUACGUCGAAAUUUAUACAGAGGCUACAUCGAGCAUGUCAGAGGUCCUUCUCAGAUGCGUCUCUUCCAAAAAUAACCACCCACUAUACAGUGAUACCCAGAGAAACAGAUUCACGAUGGAAAGAUGUCAACAUGGAAAGGUAUGUCGAUGAAACAGAUAUCUUGAUAGUGGGCGGUGGUCCUGCAGGAAUGUCUGCAGCUAUUCGAGCGCGACAAUUAGCUGAACAGCAUGGAAAAGAGUUACGUGUAACGCUAGUAGAAAAGGCAUCAGCCAUUGGGGGACAUAUUCUUAGUGGUGCUUGCAUAGAUCCAAUUGCUUUGAAUGAACUAUUUCCCAAUUGGAAGGAAUUGGGUGCUCCUCUGACUACACCAGUUACACAAGAUAAGUUUGGAUUCUUGACAGAAAAAGGGCGAAUUCCAAUACCUGUUUUAAAAGGGAUGCCCAUGGACAAUCAUGGAAAUUACGUCGUCAGGUUGGGACACGUUGUCGCUUGGCUUGGUGAGCAGGCUGAGGCAGCUGGAGUUGAAUUAUAUCCUGGUUAUGCAGCAGCUGAAAUACUUUAUAACGAAGAUGGCUCAGUAAAAGGUGUGGCUACUAAUGAUGUUGGUAUUGCCAAAGAUGGUUCGCCCAAAGAAACGUUCGAAAGGGGUAUGGAACUUCAUGCCAAGUGUACUAUCUUUGCUGAAGGGUGCCAUGGCCAUUUGGCCAAACAAUUGUUCAAGAAAUUCAACCUUCGAGAAAAAUGUGAGCCACAGACCUAUGGGAUUGGACUCAAAGAGAUUUGGGAAAUCGAUGCUGCCAAACACAGGCCAGGAGCAGUUGAACACACCAUUGGCUGGCCAUUGGACAAGAAUACUUACGGCGGGUCAUUUUUGUAUCACUUGAAGGAGGAAACUCCAUUAGUUGCAGUUGGUUUUGUAGUUGGAUUAGAUUAUAGCAAUCCAUAUUUGAGUCCAUUCAAAGAAUUCCAAAGAUUUAAACACCAUCCGUCUGUUAAACCGACCUUUGAAGGAGGAAAAAGAAUAGCGUAUGGAGCCAGAGCGUUGGUUGAGGGUGGCCUACAGGCCAUUCCUAAGCUACAAUUUCCUGGAGGUUGUUUGGUUGGCUGUACAGCUGGCUUCUUGAAUGUUCCUAAAAUCAAAGGUACUCAUAAUGCCAUGAAGAGUGGUAUGUUAGCUGCCGAAAGCGUGAUAGAAGCAAUUGUCGACGCUGAGACAAACACUUCACCGACGCAGGGUCUAGAACCAAAGAGUUACACGGAUAAAAUUAACAGUAGUUGGAUCUACAAGGAAUUGAAAGCUGUUAGAAAUUGCAGACCAAGUUUCCACUCCCCAUUGGGGCUUUAUGGUGGCGUUGCAUAUUCGGGUAUUUCUAUUCUACUUGGUGGGAGGGAACCAUGGACACUAUCUCAUGGAGCUCCAGACUAUACAAGACUCAAAUCUGCAUCUGAGAGUACUCCAAUUGAAUAUCCGAAACCAGAUAACGAAAUUUCCUUUGAUUUGUUAUCUUCGGUUGCUCUUACCGGUACAAAUCAUGAGGGUGAUCAACCGGCACAUCUCACUCUCAAAGACGAUACUGUACCGGUCAAACAUAAUUUAGCUGUGUACGAUGGACCAGAAGGCAGAUUUUGCCCAGCUGGUGUCUAUGAGUACGUUCCUCUUGAAGACGGAUCUGGACAAAGGUUACAAAUUAAUGCACAAAAUUGUAUACACUGCAAGACGUGUGACAUUAAGGAUCCAACGCAAAAUAUCAACUGGGUAGUUCCAGAAGGUGGCGGCGGCCCUGCGUACAACGGAAUGUAAAUGCAACUUUCAUAGGUAUAAUUUAUACAAAUGUUCGUCGAUUGGCAAAUCAUAUAAGCAUCAAACAUUCUUUGUAUAGACAUGCGGUAAUAAUAGAAACUAAACAUAACUGUCUCAGUCUAGGUAGGUAAAAUUGUAUGCACAUAGAUUUCGCAGCUAACAAAAUUUCCGGUUACAUUUGAAUAUUGAUUAAUGAAAAUUUCGCUACGAAGCUGUUUCUUUACCGCAGUGCCUAACUUCAUGAAUUCAGUGAAAUUUAAAUCAAGGCAAGGACUUUAUAAAUGAAUAAAAUUGUCAUUAAAAUCCAUAGAACCGUCCGAUUGUCGAGGAUAUUUGCAAGCACUUCAAUGCAAGUAUGUAGUUUUAGUGUAAAAUAUAAUCUGUAUGACAUCAUUUUAUACCUGAUGAUGUGAUCCACAUACAAGGUCAUUUAUAUUCUAAUAUUACUACUACUAAUACUGAACAUCUGGGAUGUGUUCUAAAACAUUUAACAAGAUUUGGGGUAGUGCGUGCAGCCUGUGAUUAUUUUGAAAGGUGCUUCUGUGAUUGGGAGCAGCGCUGUGCGACAACGUUCAAUAUUUUUUUAGCCCUAGAAAACCAAUUGAAGACGAACUAACUAGAUCCAGUAAAAUAAAGUGAAAAUUGGUGUUACUGUAAUUCCAAGUACCUACUAUAAAUGUUUUGGAAUUAGGAAACCACUUGUAUGUACAUAUGUAUACCAUAGGAAAUAGUUUAAGUAUAUGAAUUGAAGUUAUUUUUCGAAAUCAUGUGAUUCUACAUUCUGAUGUAUGAUAUAUAUUUUGAUAAUCGAUUGGAUAUUACCUAUCAGAUUGUCCCAUCAAGAUUAACUGAACACACCUAUAGGAAUCUUGCUUAAAAUUUAAAAACCAUAUAUGUAAAUAAUUAAUGUGCAAUUUCCACGAUUUCAUGUCUUGUUCGCUGAAUCGUGAAUAAAUAUUUUUAUACCGGAAUACAACUUCUUUGAAAUGA